AUGUUCAAUGUCCAUCUGUCUUCCUCACGAAUCCAAGAUGGAAAGAUUGAAGCUGAAGUUAAACUUACUGGAAUUUUGAGCUUAGGAGCAUUACAGCCAGGAGAAGUUAGAAAAUAUGGCACUACAAUUGCACCAGGAGUAUAUGCACCAGUUCACCAACAUUUUUUUGUUGCUAGAAUGGAUAUGACAGUUGAUUCUAAGCCUGAAGAAGCAUACAAAAUAGAUGACGAAUCAAACUUUUUUUAUCUAGUAUAA